AUGUCGUUCUUGAAUAAUAUCACCUCUAGGGUAAAGAAGGGAUUCGAGGAUAUCAGUGAUGUCUUCGAAGACGAGAAGCAUUCCCACACACAUCUAGGCGAAAAAUGCCACACUCUCCACCACCACGCCCGCAACAACCGCUUCCACAGCUUUGCGCCUCCAAGAACCGGCAACGACGCCAAGUGGUACGUUGACGGAUGCGGAUACAUGUGGGCGGUAUCCGUAGCCAUCGAAGAAGCGAGAGAAAGUAUCUGGAUCUUGGACUGGUGGUUGAGUCCCGAACUUUACUUGCGGAGACCGCCGACUGCGAAUGAGGAUUAUAGGAUUGAUCGCAUGCUGAUUGCUGCUGCUGAGAGGGGGGUCAAGGUUAAUAUCAUUGUGUAUAAAGAAGUCGCGAGCAUUUUGACAUGGGCUCAUCAUGAGAAACUAUGCCUUAUCGAUGGCCAGAUGGCUUUCAUGGGAGGCCUUGAUUUAUGCUUCGGCCGGUGGGACACAAACUCGCACCCACUGGCCGACGCCCAUCCUACCGAUGUGAACAAAGCCUUAUUUCCAGGUCAAGACUACAACAACGCUCGCGUCUACGACUUCGAAGAUGUGACAAAUUACAUGGAUAACAAACUCGACCGUACCAAGAGCUCGAGAAUGGGAUGGUCAGAUCUCUCGCUUUGUCUUCGGGGCCCUGUCGUCGAGGAUCUCCGGGCUCACUUUGUGCAGCGCUGGAAUUUCAUUUUCAAUGAGAAAUAUGAUAUUUCUCAGCAAGGGAAAUAUAAACUUUUGUCACUCCAAACUAGCCAAAUACCCGAUGGGUAUUAUAACGAAGAUGGAAUGACUGUGCAGGGUGUUGAAGCCGUGGAAGAUCGCGACGAUAAUCCUAGCCCUGAAGAGGAUACCCGUCGGCAUUUCCAUCUUCCUGGAGGAAGUGGGAGUAUAUUUGAUACAAUCCGGAGUGGACUCAGAGAUAACAUGCCUCACUUUGGAGGGUCCGGGGAGCGUGGAAUACCCCAGCAGUCUGGAAUGUCUGUUCAGCUGGUGAGGAGCUGUGCUAGGUGGAGUAAUGGCUGCGCGACCGAGCACUCCAUUGCGAAUGCAUACAUCCAAGUCAUUCAUGACAGUCAACAUUUUGUAUACAUCGAGAACCAGUUCUUCAUCACUGCCACAGAUGAUCAUCAAAAGCCAGUAAAAAACAAGAUCGGCGCUGCUCUUGUCGAACGAAUCGUUCGCGCCUACCAAAAUGGCGAGAAGUACAAAGUCAUCGUAUGCAUGCCUGCCGUCCCAGCAUUCGCCGGCGAUUUGCAUGCAAAUGACAGUCUCGGCACUCGUGCUAUCAUGGAGUUCCAGUACCAGAGCAUUUGCCGGGGUGGACACAGCAUCAUCGAAGCUAUUGAAAAGGCUGGAGUGCCCCAGGCAAGCCAGUACAUCCGAUUUUACAACUUGCGGAACUAUGACAGAAUCAAUGCCAGUGCCACGAUGUCGAAUGUUGAACAAGCGAGUGGGGUUAGUUUUGAGGAUGCUAGGAAAGAACAUGAUGAUAUUGUUGGUGCGGGGUACGAGGGCAGGGGAGAGGGAACUGGUGCUACUUAUGGUCAGCCAAAUCGGAACUAUGAGCGCUAUCAGGAAGCUGGCUCUCGAGUAGAGGACAGUAGGUACGACAGUGUCAGCGAAUGCUACAUGGAUGGUGGACCUUCGAUUAAAGACAUCCCAUGGGCCGGAACCGAGGAGGCUGAGUUUGAUGCUUUUGUCAGUGAAGAGCUGUAUAUCCACUCCAAAGUUCUCAUCGCCGAUGAUAGAGUCGUCAUCUGCGGUAGCGCAAACCUCAACGACCGCAGCCAACUCGGUUACCAUGACUCAGAAAUCGCCGUUGUAAUCCAAGACCCGGAACCCGUCGAGUCGCUUAUGGCCGGCGAGCCAUACCAAGCCUCGCGAUACGCCACCUCACUCAGACGCCAGCUCUUCCGCAAGCAUCUCGGUCUUCUCCCUUGGCAAGACUGGUCACGACCGAACGCAAACUUCAUGCCCAUCGAUAAAGACUCCAAUGAGUAUGACUGGGACUCUCCUGCCGAUAUCCUCGUGCGCGAUGUUCUCUCCCACGAAUUCUCUAAUCUCUGGAACGGCACCGCGUCGGCGAAUACUGAGGUGUUUAAUAAAGCAUUUCACUGCGUACCGGCAGACAAUUGUAGAAAUUGGAAGGAAUAUGAAGAGUUCUUUGGCAAGUUCUUCGUUACGCCUACUGGGAAAGACAAAACCGAUAAAGACCUUCCGGCCAAAUAUGCCUAUGGUCACGUGGUGAAGGAGGAAUUUCCAGGUGGGGUUACUGAAUUGAAGGAUUGGCUUGACAGGGUGAGGGGUACGUUGGUUGAGAUGCCUUUGCUGUUUAUGGAUGGGGUGGAUUUCGCGGAGGAGGGCCUAAAGUUCAAUGCCUUGACGAGUGAGGUGUAUACAUAA